CGAUUUGUUUGGUCCGACUAGGCGACUAUGUCGGACGCAUUUCGCUCAAAAAAUCAAGUGUUGGCCUAUUCAUGAUUCUACAGACCUUGUUUAGAGCAGUCGCCUUUGGCAUCCCCAUCGGCGUAACGUUCCUUGACACCAUCGGAUAUGUGGCUAGAGUCGAAGGGAUUUCUAUGCAGCCUUGUCUAAAUCCGGAGUCGAAUAAUACCGAUUAUGUGUUUCUCUCGAGAUGGGCAGUGAGAGACUACAAAGUUGAAAGGGGUGAUGUUAUAUCACUUGUAUCCCCUAAAGACCCAAAUCAGAAGAUAAUCAAGCGUGUCGUGGCUCUACAAGGCGACGUUGUGAGCACUAUAGGAUACAAGAAUCAGUAUGUGAAGAUUCCAGAAGGACAUUGUUGGGUGGAAGGUGAUCACACUGGUCAUACUUUAGACAGUAACACGUUUGGACCCAUUUCUUUAGGUUUAGUAAAUGCUAGAGCAGUCUGCAUCGUCUGGCCGCCUAGUCGAUGGCAGAGUCUUGAUGCAAAAUUGCCUGAUAAACGGAGACCUAUUAGUGCUACAAUGUAGUACAAAUUUUAAGAGGCAAGAUGUAAAAAUAUGCAGUACAAUUCC